UUGUUUAUACUAAAGAAGCAAGAUUAUACUAUACGUCACAUAUUGAUAUAAUUGUCCAAAAUGUAACCUACAUCAUACAAAAGAUAAUCCUAUUCUAACAAUCUCAUUGGUGGGUGAUCAAAACCACUCAAGUUGAUUAGGUAACUUCAUUUUGGAUCUUGCUAUAAAAAACCAUAAACCCUUCAAAAACAACUUUUGGCCUCAUUUGCAUGAAAAUAAAGCAUCAAACAUCUUUCCAAUAGCUUACAAAAAAACUUAGCAAAAUUAGUAGAGUUGUUGGAGUAGUUGUAGAAAGUGUAUCAAAUCACCUCCCAAUUUUUUAUUUCUUUUCAAAAAGGAAACUCAAACACCUUUGUUCUUAUAAUAACAUAACUAAAACAAAGCUCAUAUGCUUCAUUUCAACCUAACCUAGCUAACCAAAACUUUGAUGAUCAUCCUCCCAUCUUAUUUUCUUCUCUCUUGAAAUAAUAUUUUUCUUCAUGACAAAGGAAAUAGAAGGUGCAAGAAAAACUGAAAAACCAUGGAAACCUAUGACAACAAAGUGUUGUUCAGUGGAUGACUCCGUAAUCUUAGGGAUAAACUUCAGUAAAAAGUCUCGAAGCUCCGAGCUCAUGUCGAAGAACAUUGCACCAUUGCCUUCGUUUCGAAGGCUGGCGUAUUCUGGGCACCUGAGCAACCUCAGCAGCUGUUCAUCGCAGCGGAUAAACGAGGACUUGGCUCAGUCAUUCGGGCCAGAUUUAGUUGAUUUUCAGUUGAGUGAACUGAGGGCUAUAACUCAUAAUUUUUGUAGGAGUUUUUUGCUUGGGGCAGGUGGGUUUGGGAAGGUGCAUAAAGGGUAUGUUGAUGAAAAUUUUAAGUGUGGGUUGAAAGCUCAGGCUGUUGCUGUCAAGCAUUUGGAUAUUGAAGGGCUGCAAGGACACAGGGAAUGGCUAUCUGAGGUGAUAUUCCUGGGGCAGCUAAGGCACAAAAAUCUGGUAAAGUUGAUUGGAUAUUGCUGUGAAGAUGAAGAGCGUCUCCUUGUCUAUGAAUUCAUGCCAAAAGGAAGCCUUGAAAACCAUCUCUUCAAGAGACUUUCCUUAUCAAUACCAUGGGGAACAAGGCUAAAGAUAGCAGUAGGAGCAGCCAAGGGUCUUGCCUUUUUGCAUGGAGCAGAGACAAUAGUCAUAUACCGUGACUUUAAGACCUCCAAUAUCCUACUUGACUCUGAUUUCACUGCUAAAUUGUCUGAUUUUGGGCUAGCAAAAAUGGGCCCUGAAGGUUCUGAUACGCAUGUCACCACUCGGGUUAUGGGGACCUAUGGUUAUGCUGCUCCGGAGUAUGUUUCAACUGGUCAUUUGACGACUAAGAGUGAUGUCUAUAGCUUUGGGGUUGUAUUACUAGAACUACUCACAGGAAGGCGAUCAAUGGAAAAAUCGAGACCAAAGGGAGAGCAACACCUAGUUGAUUGGACGAGGCCAUACUUGUCUAGCAGCAGGAAGCUAAGGUAUAUAAUAGACCCAAGGCUUGGAGGGCAAUACUCAGUGAAGGGGGCAAAGGAGAUGGCUCAAUUGGCUCUACAAUGUGUGAGUGUAAACCCUAAGGACAGGCCUAAGAUGCCCAUGGUUGUUCAGACACUUGAAGGGUUGCAAAAUUAUAAGGACAUGGCAAUUACUUGUGGGUUAUGGCCACCACCAACUACAAAAUCAAGUAGACUCAAUGGAGUUUAUAAUAAAGGAAGAAAUUCUUGUAAGCCCUCACCUGUUGCACCAAUUCGGAAAAAAUGAUAUGUUGGUAAAAUGCAAUUAUGUAGUACAUAGAAAGUGAGAUCCAUGUCAUGAUAGCCUAUUAGCGAAAGGCCAAUAUUACGGGAAAAAGUAUUAAGGCAUGAUAUGUAAUGAUUGCCAUAUAUGUAUAUAUUUUAAGUGUGAUAAACUAGUAUGAAUGAAAGAAAGGUUAGUGCAUGAA